UGGAGUUCCAGUGAAUCCCCAGUCCACUCGCAUUUUAUUUACUCACCCACCAGUGCAAACCCCAAAAUAAAAAAUUGUGAAUGCCCCGUGGCCCCUCUACAACCCCUCCAGCACCGCCUGAGAAAUUUUUAAUUUCCCCAACGGAAUCACCUCCCCGAAGAUGAUCUCUGGAUGGAAUUGACACACCCGGACGUCCACAAAGGAGAAUCAAAAUGGAGGAGGGCCGGAAGAAGGAGGCCCAGCCGAAGAAGAAGGUGGAGAAUUUGAUGAGGAGCUUCAUGUUCAGGGAUGUGGGUAUGGGAACUAGUUCUAGUGCCAGCACCAAAGAAUUUGAGUCCAUCGCUGAGACUAAUCUGGUUCUGAAAGAUCACGAGGAAAUGAAAUGCUUCGUGCCUGGAAUCGCGAGGGCGACAUUUCUGAUGGUCUUCAGUCCAGAUGGUACAAAAGUGGCAUCGACCCAUGGUAACCACAACGUCUGCAUAACAGACUUGACAACCGGCAAGAACAUUCGCGUUCUAACGGGCCACCCCCGCACCCCGUGGUGCAUCGCGUUCCACCCGACCACCGACAUAAUAGCCACAGGUUGUCUGGGUGGUCAGGUCCGUGUGUGGGAUCUCGCGGGAGGUUCCGAGGUCUGGAACGCUGAGUCCCAGACCGUAAUCGCGUCCCUCGCGUUUCACCCGACCGAGCGCCUCCUGGUGAUCGCUACAUACAAUGAAAUCCACUUUUGGGAUUGGUCAGAGCCGGAGCCGUUCGCGGUGGCCACCACCCGCAACGACAAAGAGAAGGUUCGUUACGUGGCCUUCGACAAAACAGGCCGCAAAUUGAUAACGGGAAUCGGUAAUGUAGUGCAAACGCAGUCGCAGUGGGACCGGCCUCCGGAGGCGCCCAACAGAACCCUUCUCCGUCCUGACUAUUGGUCGACCGCGGAGCGGACCCAAUCGCCCAUCUCGACACCCCGUUUGUACCACUUGUGGAACCACGGGAGCCGCUGGUGGCAGGAGAACCGCCCCGAGAGUGUUUUUGGGCCCGGGCCCCUGCCGGAACCUUUCCCCGCGGCCCCUCCCCCAACAGUUCCCCCGGAGCCAGCGAACGCCGAUGACGCCCGUCGGAGGGCGGAGCGAUCAUUCUUCAACCUCGUGACCCAAGGGGAUAUCGCUCUCACUCCGGGGAAUCCCCCUGAGAACUCUCCAUCCUCGCAAUUGGAAAACGUCACCAUCGAGGUCCGACGCAACAGCUACGCGCCGGAAGAGCCCCCUAGAACCCCCCUGACUCGUCGCAGCCAGGACAGACACUCGAGAGACUGGUUCAUUCCUGACAUAGCUCAGCCUCUUGAUCCUCAACCCCUGAACCCGCCACCCACAGCUCCUCCCCACAUGAACUUCUUCACGAGAACCCUCGAAAGACGUCUGAUAGAGAUCUAUUCGGAGAUCAAUAGGAACUUAUGUCACAGGAACCUUGUAUACCAUUACGAUAGUUUAGUGAGGGAGUCCUUCAGUUGUCCCUUAAGCUAUCGCACAAACCGCACUGUGGACCGACACUUGAGGGCCAUGAUUGAAUCAUUGAGAAGGGAGAUAACUGACAUGAUCCAAGCGAAUUUUAGUAGUUGGUUGAGGGUACCGCGCUUAUUGAAUGCCGAGCGCGGUCAGAUUGGGAGGUUCAGGAUGUCCAGACAAGCAUUGGCGACUACCAUGAUGAACCAGAAUUUGGGACAUCGGAAAGUGAGAUUGUUGAGGGAUUGGCUGAGGUAUCGGAGUACGGUGUUUGCUCGAGAAUAUGAGACCAAUAGUAGGUUUCGAAAUGCGUUGGCACAGGAGUUGGAGGAGGUGGCGAAGCUUGAGCUGGAAUUCAGUCGAGUCUGCACUAUGACUCACAGAAUAAGAGUGCUUAUGAACUCGGCAUCAAUUCCCGUUAAUAAUGAGGAAUCGGGAGCUGUUGAGGAGAAUCCACUUUUCCCUGAUAAUGUGAAUGUGGCGGAGGGUCUUCAGAAUGUGGAAACUUGGACAAGGCCCUCGACAUCAACGUCCACGAGGAGAUUAUCAGCUCAGAGUCCUGAAGAGAACGAAGGACCUUCCAGGAGACGUAGGAGACUGAACGAUGAUGUGGCGGAGAGCUAUCUACGCGGAUUGGAGUACUACUCCAGGAUUGGUAAUUCGGUGGAGGCGAAUGAUUCCUCGGCAUCUUCUGACGAAGAGCAGUCGACCCAGGGCCCCUCCUCCGGUGCUUCGAAUUUCACGGUCUCUUCGAGGUCUGCGUUUCAGCCUAGUGUCAGGAGGAAAAGCGUUGGGCAGUCUAGUAAUUCGCAUUCCGCACAGGGUAGCUUUCAAGCUUGGUGGAGAGCAGGCAAUCCGAGCCGACCAUCCUCGCGUUCUGAGGCUUCAGAGGAGAGAAGACCCAGCGAGGAAAGGAGAACAUUGAGGACAAAUUCGGUUGAAGGGUCAUUGAGACCUGAAGCUGAUGAUGAGGGGACAGGAGCACCUUCAAGAACUCCAGUGUCGUCUUCAGAGCGGAGGCAACCUCGUCAUACCUCCGUCGAAGACGGAUCUUCUGGCUCAUUCCUACUUUCACCAUCCGAUAGAACUCCAGACGAAAAUAACCGGAGAUCCUCGAGUGCUCAGGAACCUGGAGAUCCGAGAAUUCGAAGAGGGCUUCAGAGGUUCAGACAACAAUUGCCGUUGAGACUGAAAUAUCGGCUUUUUAGAAGACGAGAAAACGAGAACCCAGGGCCUUCGUCUAGUAUUCAAGACAGUCUAUCAACUUCUAGGAUCUCGCCACAUAACCGUCGCGGUCUAAGCUUACGCUACAUAGAGGGUAGACAUCGUACAGUAGAGAGAGUAUCGUUGAGAGCCAUGCUCCGCAGAGAACUUGAAAUCGUGGGAUUAGUAAAUCCGUAUUUAAGCACUUCUAGCGUAGCCUGGGAGUCUCUGGACCGAAGUCUCGAAACAGCGAGAAGAGACGCAGAAGCUGAAGAGCGGCUUAUAGAACUUCGGAGGCGUAUUCGAGUGCUGUCUGAUGAGUCUGGAGCAUCAUCCUCAAGAGGGGCGGGAAUCGACGUUGAUGACAUGAUUGCUAACGCUCGAAUCAUCCAGGCACUCCGCGAAGCCGAUCUCAGGAGACGAGCUAGGGGCACUGAUGAAUCAGGGGCCGCCGGGUCAUCUCGUCUAACUGGAGCAUCAUCCUCAAGAGGGGCGGGAAUCGACGUUGAUGAUAUGAUUGCUAACGCUCGAAGCAUCCAGGCAAUCCGCGAAGCCGAUCUCAGGAGACGAGCUAGGGGCACUGAUGAAUCAGGGGCCGCCGGGUCAUCUCGUCUAACUCCAAGCGAACCCGACGACGAGGACUCCACGAAUCUACCGAUGACUCUGCAAGAAAUCAGUGAACGACUGGCAGAACUGAGGAACAGAAUGCGGACGUUUUCAGAGACACCUACAGGCGCUUCGUCCUUAGAGACAUUUCCACGAGACGAGGAGACUGAUGAUUAUCUAAGAAGACUGAGAAUCAAUGCAGUAGAUAGAUUGAAACUGAGAAGGCUAAUUGAUGGAAUUUCAUCAUCAUCCUCUAGAACACGAGAGAAUUCUGUGAAUAACGAUGACGAUGAGCCUUCCCUUUUCAGAAGUUCUGCCACUAGCCGCGCUCAGAAUCGCGACGAUUUGCUCCGAAGGUUUAUAAAAUCCCUUUUCCGGCAAAUGUAUGGGACUCUCACAAAUUCCCAGUCAAUUUUCGGAAGUUCCACUUCAAACAAUCAAAGUGGUACUACAUUCAUUGAGAACAGCGAGACUGUUGAAAUGGACAACAGCCCUCCAUUGAACAUUCCCACAGAUGUCGAUCGAGAGGAAGAGAUAGAAGACGAAGAGGAGGAGGCAAUUAGACCAGGACCACCUCGCAGGCCUGUCCCCACUGCCGAGUCAACUCGUCCUUCAAACGAGGAAGAGACUGUUGGUGAGCAAUCGGAGAAUGGUUAUUGGCUUCUCGAGGAGAACAGCAACUCCGACUCGAAUCACGACGAAGAAUCCACGGCAAAUCCCACUGUUUCUCAAAGAUGGACCUCUCGAUGGAUUCGGAUAGUUCCCCCAAACAGGGCCCCCGAGGUCCCAACGAUCGACACAGUGACACCUCAAGAAUCAUUAAGGAACUCCGAAGGUGUCGACCGAGCACUGCUAUCUCCCGUCUCAGCUAACGCCAGCCGUUACGAACAACCACCAUUGUUCCCCUUUAGAAGCCUUCGAGAGAACAUCAAGAAACGUUCACUGGAUGCUGACAAGGCCCAGCCUGGACCGAGUGGACCCAGCGACGCGAAAAAGCCUCAACCCAGCACUUCAAGCUUUCUCGAACCCCAAACCUCACAGGUUGACAAAUCCUCUGAUGAAGACUCCUCCAUGACGUCAAUCACCAGCUCCGAGACAGGUUCCUCUAACCCGCAGUCACCAAGACGUUUCUUGAAGGCUGCACGGUCUGCCCCAGGACCUCAGACCUCCACAGAAUCAAGAAGAGCUGAACCGCCUGAAGAGUUGGACUUCAGAGGCUGGAGGGUGCCACGGAACCGCUCGAACGAUCAACCAGAAGAGCAGUUAAACAAUCUCAUCAGUGACAUCAGGUACUACCGUGGUCAGAGGGCUAGGUGGGAGGGCUUUCUCGCAGGGAUCCGUUCCAUGAACCCUAGGAACUCCGAGGAAAGCCUGCAAGGUGGUAGCAGCUGCAAGAAGCCCCGACUGGACACAACCGAGAGUUCCUCGAGCCAACCCUGCACCUCUCAGGAGGCUCCAGGUUCCUCUCGCACGAAUUCCAAGCCCUUUCUCCAGCCGAGGCAGGAGAAAGUCAUCGACGCACUGUCCCACAUAAUUCCCGAGGAGUCUGACUUCGAGCAGCUGUUUUUCCACAGGUUCUUGUACCACUCGAACCCCAUUAGGGAGAGAAUGCGCUCGCGCUCUCCUAAUCCUACCAACGAUCACACGUAUUCGAAUCUACCAUCCAGUAUCGAGGAGAGGGACUUUCUGAACCCGGCGAGUGCAGCGCCUAGGAUAAUGUCCAAAUGGAAUCGAGAGAUUUGGAAUAGACGAGAGGGCGGAUCUUCUGACGAUGACGACUCAAGUUCCGAUGACGACGCUCAAUCCAACCAGAGCUACUUCGGGAUGAACAAGUACAUGCAGAUGAUGUCCAGGGCUAGGCACGUGGCCAGAACGAUUCUACCACAGUUACGGAUCCUCCAGAAUGGUCUGGAUCGUCAAGUAGCGGAACUCUCGACCCUCCUGAUCCAACAUUACAACGCCCUUCCUAAUGACGGGCGGAUUGUCUCGAGAAGCGAAAGAAACGAGGACGAUAACAGCGAGCAGAUGUCCCAUGAGAACCGCGUGGUUCUUCACAACUCAGCAAGACAACGAUUGGAGGCUGCAUGGAGCUUGCUAUCAGACCACUACUCAAGCUUCAACUUCUGGAGGAUCGGGAACUACCAGAGGUACUUCCAGCUGAGAUGCAUCUUCGUUAUAAUUCGUCAGGCCCUAGAACUCAUAGAUCUUCUGACCGCUCAGACGUUGAUAUUCUUCUCGGAGCAGCAGGAGAACAUCUGGCAGAACAAUCAGAGCUCAACGAUCACUCCGAGGGAGGACAAUGACAUGAGUGAUCUCGAGGAUGUUGCCCAGAUGGGAGGGAUCAUCGAUGGCCCAUCGAACUCAGGUGCAUCAUCGUCUCGAGGAGGUUCAUCGAUUCCUUCGACCUCUUCGGGAAAUCAAGAAGGCCCUCCACCAUCCUUCGACGCGGAAUUAAUGCGACAAUGCCAACGUAGCUUUAUAAGCGAACAGCUGAAAGAGAGAAAUCACACUGAGUCGACCUCGAGGAUUUUCGAUAUAAGGAUGAAUCCGACGUUGGUGACCAGAUUGGAGGAGUCUCUGAGGCAAGGGCCACAGGGUGCGGGGACCUUAAGGGCUCGUAGAUGGGCUGCCAGGGUUGCCAGGAUGAACCGCCUGAGGUCGCUCUUGGAACCUAUAUCAUCGAGGCUGCUUCAGUCAUGGAAUUCGCGGACGAACUCAAGGGUGGGGGAAUCGAAUUCCUCGGAACGGCGGGAGGAACAGAACAGGGAGGAACAGAAUAGAAGGGAUAACUCCCGGCCUUUCAAUGUUCCUGUUGUUCAGGUCAACAAUGUUCCUGUCAGUGAUUUCAAUAAUUUGAAUGCGCGGAGUACUCCACCGAGGAGUUCAUCCACUGCUGCUUAUGCUAGGAGGAUUUUCAAUGAAUUCACUAGGAGCGCUGCCAAUCACAGGCUGACUACGUCACUACCCGGAUACUCUUCAGGAUCCACCGUUACGGUUGUCAAUAAUCCUGAGGGUGAGCGGAUCUUCGGAGGGAGAGCGAGGACCCUUCCCAGACCCUGGAUGCCCCAGAUCAGCUGGGGCAGCUUCUCACACUCCAGACAUCCUGGACAUGUUGCUGCUGCUGGAAUGGCCGCUGGAGCGGCAGGAGCGCCUGGACCUGAUCCGGGGAAUGAUGAUUCGGAUGAGAUCGAGAUCAGGGACCAGGUGCCGGUCUCCAUGUCGCUGCAUGCUCUUGAGAUUCACAGCUACAGGGUUCAAGCGUGGGACUUCUCCAAUGCUGAAAUACCGGAUGUCACUGAUCCUGAGAAAAAUAUCGUUGUGAGGGAGUGCAAGAUUCAUAAUGACGCUAGUAUCGAUAUCUCCUCCGAUGGAAAGUAUCUGGCUACUGUGCUACCUUCUGGCAGGAUCAAUGUUACUACUACUGUAGGUGUUUACAGUCUCCAAUGGGAAACGCUAGGAAAGCGUGUCUACUCUACUCAAGUGGAUCAGACCGUUGUCUCCCUGUCAAUGUCACCGACUCGUCAGCAUCUCCUGGUGGGAUUGGCAUCGCGUCGAGUCCACACACCCUCCAGGCCAUUUCCAAUGGCCCUCAUCUACAAAUUCGUGGAUCGCCCUGAGGAGGAGGAGGAGGAGGAGGAGGAGGAGGAGGAGGAGGAGGAAGAGGACAGAUGCCCACCAGAUCCCAGCCUUCAUUACAUCAUGAAUUUGCCCACCGACAGGAGAAACAAUGACUUUAUCAACAAUCUUCGCGGCGAUUUGACUAAUUUUAUCAUGAAUUCUUUGAAUAGGGGGGUCAAGGAUAAUAAGAAGACAAUGGUGCUGUUGAGGGAGUUGCAGCAGGCCAAUAGAGAGACUGCUGGCCAUGUUAGUCUUAAUUGCAUCAGGUGGGCACCACAGCCUGGCCAGGGCAUGGUUUAUGCCACCAAUACUGGACAAUUAAAUAUUCUGCGUUGAUUUCUUCACUUUUCAUUGGUAAAAACAUCAGUUUUUGGAAAUUUAUUGGCAGCUUUUCCCGCUGUUUUACACGAAACUGAGAUUUUUUCAAUUCAUUAAUUCAACAAUUCAUUAAAUGACUGUUUAAUUAAUGAACUUGAUGUUUUAGAUCUUUUUUGAAAUUUAUGACAGUAAAAAUAUGACAGUCUUCAGCUGAGGAAGUCAGUUAAUUUUGUUUUUCUUCAUUUUCUUUGUUUUAUUUUUUUUCCUCUUGGAAUUCAUUACAUCGAUGGGUUCUGGAGCCUAGGCUGGAUGGAGUCGAUGAUAAAUGUUGAGUAUUGGACGUUAUAUUGAAUAAAUAAGGGUAGGAUAAUGGGAGAUGGUAGAGAAGGGUGAACUGAUGUUUUUACUCGUCUACUUAAUCCAAAAAUAAUCAAAUAGUAAAGUUUAAGUCAUAGGGGAGCUCUCGGGAGAGAUGAGACGAUGAAAGUUUGAUUAUCGUAACAGUUCCAGUAAUAUAUAUCCAAUAUAUAAGUCGUACUUUUUUUUCUUUAUUAUUUUCACGGUAUAUUAAAGCAUUUAUUAAGCAUACGUGUGUAUAUAAGCUAUCUAGGGGUCAUUCAAAUGAUUAUGAAAAAUGUAUGCCAAUUGGCUGUAUGUAAUGACUCGAAUAAUUAAAUAAUUAUUGGAGAAGCAAAAA